CAUUGGGAAAGAGCUAACUGCACCGUGUGGAGCUGAGGCUGGGCUACGAAGAAAAUAACCCCAUGUUUUGUUUUUUAAAGAAGCUAAAUAAUUGGAUAUAAAGCUUAAACAUUACCAAGAAGGCGUUUUUGCUUCACCAGAGGACGCCCUCUGUCUCUGUCUUGCUACCCGGGAUGCCUUGCAUGGUGUUCCUGUAGUGGACAAAACCACCACCGGAGUCUCUGCAAACAGACGCUUGGCCAGUUGAUCACCAUGCCUCGUUCGAGUGCCAGUCCCGAAUCGAAGUCUCUCUGUUGCCGAGUCUGGCUCACUUGUGUUCUCCUGGGCCUCUCGGCGGCCCACACUCUUGCCAAAGAUGUCCUUGGUGUACCGCAGCAGGUGAGCCUGUCGGCCAACAUGGUUGCCCAGCAGCUGUCCAUAUCUUGGCUGGGAGGAGCAGCCACAACGUUUGACCUCAUGAUUCUACGAACUGAACUAAAUGAAACAGUCUUCUAUGAGACGGUGUCUGUGACAAUGAAUCAGGUGAGUGGUUUGCACCAGUGGAACUGGACCUCACUUGACCCUCUGGAGUGUACCUCGCUGUCGAUCAAAGUCCGCUCAAGAGACGGCCAGGUGACGAGUGAAUGGAGCAACACUCAGAUAUUUCAAGGAAAUGAUCUCCCCAGCAAUGAGAAUUUCCAGGUUUACCCCCAGGAAAGAAUUAUGCCAGUGGGGUCCAACGCCACCUUCUGUUGCAUUGUGAAAGAGGGGCAGCUCUUUGGUUCUAUCCAAUACGGCAGUAGAAUCAUGAAUACGACACGACUGAGCAGGCGAACUUAUGCCACCACAGUGGUUAACCAGGGACCAUCCAGCAGCUGGGGGACCAAUGUUGUCUGUUUUGACAGCCUGAAGGAGCCACAAGGAGCUGUGGUGUUUGUUGGAUAUCCACCACUGCUCAGUGAUUUCGUGUGUGAGACUUAUGACCUGACCUCAGCUCUAUGCCAGUGGAAUGAAGCACGGGACACGAAACUCUUUGGCAAACGUGGAACACGCUUCACUCUGAACAAGAGGGAUUGUCCAAGGGGACGCCAGCAGCAGAGGCAGAAAAAGUGUAGUGUGGCACAGUGGGAGGGUAACUGGACACUGAUAGCUGAGAAUCCUCUUGGCCAGUACAUCAUCACCGACUCUGCUGAACUCAGUCACAGAGUACAUCCAGUCGCACCAGUGAACGUGAGCGCUGUCAUCAAUGCCUGGAAUGCCACUGUGCUGUGGCAGUGGACGUACAGCAGCUAUUCCUCCCUGGCUCUUUUGUGCCAGGUAGAGCUUUCCUGCCAUGGAUCUAAAACAAAUUAUACAGUCUCUGGUGAAGGUCUGCAGUCUGUGGUUUUAUCAGACCUUUAUCCCGAUGAAGAUUACAGUGUUCAAAUCCGCUGCGGGGCCCAACAGAAUUUCUGGAAGUGGGGAAACUGGAGUGAACCAUUUACCUUCAAAACCAACACUUAUGUUCCAGAUGCCCCUGAUGUGUGGAUGUGGAUAAACGGAGACAGCAGUGGGCAGGUCGUUUGGAAGCCUCUGACACGAAGACAGAGCCACGGCCAGAUCACAGGUUAUGAAGUCACGUUCUGGAGCACUGAAGAAAAUCUACAGCACACACACAUUUUUUCACCGGAUACGACUGCUGCAUCCGUCAACCUCACACAGAUUGCCCCCUUUGGCAGUGACACCAAGGUCAUCGCAACCGUCAUUGCAAAGAACACUGAAGGGCCUUCUCAACCCGCAAAUGUUGUCAUACGUUUGACAGACGCAGAACCUGUUGCUGUGUCCAGGGCAGUUUAUACAGACAGAGGUUUCCCUCUGUUCUGGCAGAGCAAUGACAACGCCACCUGUGGUUAUGUGGUAGAGUGGCACAAUGCCGUCUGUACACGGAACUGCCCAGUGGAUUGGAUUAAGUUGGAUGCUGGAACUACGGAUGUCUUGGUCGAAUCAGCCAACUUCCAGCCGGGUGUGAGGUACACCUUUUCCCUGUUCAGCUGCACCUCAGAAGGCAGAGAGCUGCUUCAGCACUGGCAGGGAUACGUGCAGGAGCUGGUUCCUUCCAGUUCUGUCAUCCUGUCAACCAGUCAGCAGGGCUCUGAUGUUCUUCUCACUUGGGGAGAGAUCCCUCUGGUCAGCAGAAGAGGUUUCCUCCUGGGUUACAACAUUUACAAUAGCAGUGACUCGGAGCUCAAACUAAUAGGCAAUGUACCAGACAAAGGAAGCAGGAGCUACAUUGUGACGGGACUCAAAGAGGGUUCCCACAAAUUUACUGUCAAGGCCUACACCUCAGCAGGCGAAGACACGGGCGCCACCUCCUCCAUAACGCUGGAAACAAACAUGGAUUGGCUGAUCUUGGAAAUCCUGACUUCUCUGGGAAUCACAGCAUUUUUCCUCGUCAUUGUCACUUUCAUUUGCUACAAGAAAAGAAAAUGGGUGAAAAAGGCUUUCUAUCCUGACAUUCCUGAGCCCAAGCUUCCUGGUGAUUGGUCAAGGACACAGGGGCCGUUGGACGUGAAACCAUCUUCAAACAGUAUCAUCCAUAUUGUGGAUAAGUCUGAUCACGAUCCUAGUAAAGAGAUGCUCGUUGCUAUCCCAGAAGAAGAUGAGGAUGAAGACGGGCAGAGUAUGGAAGAUGAGUCAGUUGACACAGAUGAGCCAACAUCAUUACGCUACUACAACCAAGUUGUAGAUGAGAGGCCCAUCAGGCCACGUUACCCAGACUCCUCUGCUUCUUCUGCUUCCUCUUUGGAUUCAGCGCGCACUGAUGUUACAUACACAGGGAUCCAGACCUCAGGGUCUUCUUUGGUCUUCCAGCUGGAUCCUGCAGGCUCCUCUGAUGACCAUCAACCCCAUGCUGAUCUGUCUGUCAGCUGUGGAGGAGGAGGAGGAGGAGGAAGAGGAGGAGGAGGAGGAGGAGGGGGCUACCGGCCCCAGAUGCAGCCUAGAGCCCAAAAUGAUGACAUUAUCCUGGCUUCACCCGAGCCUUUGGAAGAACCGCUGGUUGCCAGUGCUGGGGGCUAUAAACCCCAGAGCUCCUGGCAUUUGGACUCUCCUGUGGAGGCUGAAGAAAGUGGAGGCCGGGCACCUUCUCUUGGAUCUCCCACCUCUGUUGCUUCCACUCAGUUCCUUCUCCCUGAUGGAGAAGAACACGCAGAGGCGAAACGACCGGUGUCAUCGUCAGCAACCACCUGGUUCACUAAUCUGCUGUCUUCUACAAAACCGUGAUAUCAUCUCUGUCUCACUACUAGCAGCCUGGCCAGGAGGCUUUGACAUAAAACUUUCAGAUUCAUUAUGGUCACCAGUGUUAUGCAUCUGACAAGCUCAGCCCAAAUGGUCGAGGUAAAGGAUGUAGCACUACAUUCUUCUAUUUGCACUUUGACAUCAGGUCAAAAUAUCCUUUUCAAAUGUUUAUUUCCAAACCUAAAGAAUAUAUAAUUAGUUUCUCAUCAUGAAAAAUAUCAUAAAAUCUGUAUAUUUAUAUGUCAAAACAUUUCUAUUCUGACAGCAAAUCAAAAGUAUUUCGUCAUAUGUCUAUUCCACCAUAUUCAUUGCAUCCUGGCCACCUAGUGGCUGUUACAACAAAUCCCUUUUUCUGUUUUUUCUGUGGGCAUUGAGCAACAGCAUGUACAACGUGUCAGUUAUCCUGAUUUUAGUUUUUAUUGUUGGUGAUGUGAAUUUUGUUACACUACAGAAGAAACGGAAAGCAAACCAGUUUUGAGGCUUGAAAACAAUGUAGUUAUGUCGACAAAAACCUUCCUCUCCUCCCAGUAUCUGCUGGUCUGCCAUUUCGGGUGAUGCCAGCUUUCUGACAGACAAUGAGCUACUAAAAGGAAAAAAAACAAACUGACAUGUUAUUUGAAUUAUGCACUUACAGUUGAGAAUGGGAAUUAUUUUGCAUAGAUAUAGUUGUGGUGCUUCCUAUUUUAGUCUGGAAUUGUGUGGGUUGUGAGCCCAAUGGAAAUACACUGAUAAGCUAGAACCUGAAUACAAACUGAUGUAAUUUAAUGAACAAACACUAUUAUGUUACUUGUGAGUGUUAUUGUUGUUUUGUUUUCCUUAACAGUAGAGUUUUAUUUUCUCAUUUCUAUUUUUGUAUGGUUACGAACAUGCAUUUCUCAGUCAGGCCAGUGUCAUUGUUUUAUAUUGUGUCGUGAAGUAUGCUCAAGGAAAUUAUUGGUGGCAUCAAACAAAUGAGAUGUAACAAGAUGGAUGAAUAAUAAUGGAUUUUACACACACUGCCUUACUGCAUUGCGUUGGUCGUAUUCCAUGUCAC